GGCAAAGGGGAAGAAAGAAAGGCAGAGUGGGAGAAAGAAAAGUGGAAAGAGUAAAGGUGGGAGAAUUUAAAAAGUGGAAGGAAGAAAACCAAAAGAAGAAGAAAGAAAAUGGGUAUGUGGAAGAGUGAGACAACAUUCAAAUCAGUGUGACACAGAGUCAUGGAGUGGGGAUAUGUGGUUCCUUUUCAGUUAAUAGAGAGCCUCCACAGCAAACUGAGGUUGGGCACCGGCUCAUCCUCCAGUCUGACUGACCUCUCGCAGGCAAAGAGCCCGACAGGAGGUGGGGAGAAGGGAGGAUCAGCAGGGGGGCUGGCGGAGGACUGCAGCCGGGACAAAGGGACCCAGCAGAGGAGGGCCGGAGCCAACGCCACCUGGAACGGCAUCCACAAUGCAGUGAUCUCAGUUUUCCAGAGGAAGGAUCUGGGAGAAAAUGAACUCUACACUCUGAAUGAAGGUGUCAGGCAGCUGCUGAAGACAGAGUUGGGCUCCUUCUUUACUGAGUACCUUCAGAACCAGCUGCUCACUAAAGGCAUGGUUAUACUGAGAGACAAGAUCCGUUACUACGAAGGUCAGAAGUUAUUGGACUCUCUGGCAGAAACGUGGGACUUCUUCUUCUGUGAUGUUCUGUCCAUGCUGCAGGCCAUCUUCUACCCUGUACAGGGAAAGGAGCCGUCAGUGCGUCAGUUGGCUCUCCUCCACUUCAGAAACAUCAUCACCCUUAACUUGAAACUAGAUGAAGCUUUGUCUCGACCCCGAGCCAGAGUUCCUCCCUCCAUCAUACAGAUGCUGCUAAUACUACAGGGCGUCCAUGAAUCUAAAGGCGUAACAGAUGACUACCUGCGUCUGGAGUCUCUCAUCCAGAAGGUGGUCUCUCCCUACCUCGGGACUCAUGGCUUGUAUUCCAGAGAUGGAUCCUCCAACCUGCACUGCUCUUCCUGCCUGUUAGAAAAGCGGUUGCAGCGUUCAUUGUAUGCCAAACCAGGCAACUCUACCACCACCAAGAAUCCAGUGGUCCGUUCUAAGAGCUACAACGUUCCCAUGCUGACCCCCGUAGUGGAGUACGACAUAGACUUGUCCACAGGAGGCGGCACAGGCAUCAGACGACACUCCGUCUCUGAGAUGACGUCUUGUGUGGAGGAAAGCAGCCCUAUGGCCAAAUCCACCACCAGUGCCACAGAUAACACCAGUACCAACAGUAACACCAGCGCGUCCAGCCUCGCCAACCACUCCCCAGCCUCCACUGCCUCUGCUGCACUUUCAGACACUGUAAUCUCCAGUCAGGACCCUCAACCCAGAGACACUGACAGUCCUGACCCUCCUCACGCUCACCAGCCACAGCAUCACUCCCCCUGCAUCCUCCCUGAACCUUCCCCAGGUGAGGACACACGCUGCACUGGCUCGCUGAUGUCUGACUCCCCCUCGUCGUCCAAGGUGCUGACUCAGGACACGAGCUCCGGUCCCAGUCCGUCGUCCAGUCCAGAGAUCGCGAUGGGCCACGUCACGGAGUCUCUGGACUCUGAGCCUGAGCACGACGGCAUCUUUCUGGACUUCUCACGCCGUUGUUCUGGAGGCUCGACGCACAGCAGAGACAGCAGCAGGCAGAGUGUGGCGUGACGCUCACGUUCAUCGAAGGAACUUUGCUCGUAUGAUGCAGGGACGUGAGCAAACAAUGCUGAGCCGUGACUGACAUUUACACCCGAUGCCACCUCCGGUCAUCUUUUGGAGAUCAACAGGGAUUCUUUCAAACUGAAUUAUUUUUCUACAUCAACGUCAUUUUCUAUCACUAAAAACAGGUCUAAUUUCAUUGUAGACCCCCAGCUGGACAAGGAUACAAACACAUCAGUCACUUGACUCUCAAACUGAACUUGCACUAAUAGAAUUAGUCGGCAGAAGUAGACAAGGGUGCUUGUCUUGUCGACUUAAAUCUCUCCACGGUGAUUUUACACUGUUAUUUCUUAUUAAUGAACACUGGAAAAACACAUAAAACAUGAGACAGGAGCGCAAGACGUUUUUCCACGGUCAGAUAUUACUUUAGGACCAGGGCUGUUGAAAAGCUUGGGCUGUCAAAUUCAAACUUUUAACUUUUCAUAUGUAAAAGAAAACUAUUCAUUCAUGCACCUCAACAUGUUUUAUGAAUUGAUCAUUAAAAUAUUAAUUUAAAUUUU